GAAACAAAGGGCUGCAGGUGUCCACCGUCUGCUGGAUCAUUGAGCCACGGGUGUUUUGGAGGCGAGAGAAGCAUGGGGUUUCUGUAGGCUGGAUAUCUGUGUGCAUUUUAAUUUGUGUAACGAUAUAGAUUUGUCCUUUUCCAUGCCUUUAAAGAAAACCAAAAAGUACAGCUGGGGGGAAGUGAAGAAGGGAGCAACUUGCAGUGCAGCACAUGAACUUUAACCAUCCAAUGGGGGUAGGUUUCGUGUAUUUUUAUGAGGAGACCCAAGACGAUAGCCUUUGAGGAACCGUUGAGGGCCUGAGGAUAUUUGCCUGGAGGGGAUAUGCUUGGCGCUCCAAAUAUCUGAUGGGCUGGCAUGUGGAAUCGGAAUCUGCCCAGUCCUGGCAUAGCACGAGGGUCAACAGAUGGAACCCUGGGAGAUAGAUUUCAACCUCAGUUCCACUCUAGGGAGGCAGCGCCAUGCAGUUCUCCAGCUCAGCCAGGGCAGCAGAUGAGAACUUCGACUAUUUGUUCAAGAUCAUCCUCAUCGGGGACUCCAACGUGGGGAAGACCUGUGUGGUGCAGCAUUUCAAAUCCGGGGUCUACACGGAGACACAGCAGAACACGAUUGGGGUGGACUUCACUGUGCGCUCCCUGGAGAUCGACGGCAAGAAAGUGAAGAUGCAGGUGUGGGACACCGCAGGCCAGGAGCGCUUCCGGACCAUCACCCAGAGCUACUACCGCAGCGCCCACGCGGCCAUCAUCGCCUACGACCUGACCCGGCGGUCCACCUUCGAGUCCGUUCCUCACUGGAUUCACGAGAUAGAAAAAUACGGAGCUGCGAACUUGGUCAUUAUGCUGAUCGGGAACAAAUGUGACCUGUGGGAGAAACGGCAUGUUCUGUUCGAGGAUGCCUGCACGCUGGCUGAGAAAUACGGCCUCCUUGCUGUUUUGGAGACAUCAGCUAAGGAGUCCAAGAACAUAGACGAAGUCUUCGUGCUCAUGGCCAGGGAGCUGAUCGCCCGCAACAGCCUGCAGCUGUAUGGGGACGGCGCCCUGAACCACCUGCCCCUGGACUCCAGUCCAGUCCUUAUGGCCCAGGUGCCAAGUGAAAAGACCCACUGCACUUGCUGAGUGUGGUCAUCCAGCCAAUAGCACCCGCCAGAGGGCAUCGCUAAACCGGGUCUUCUAGUGUCUGCUGAGUAGCAUUUCAGACCCAAGUGUAGACUUGCCACUAGUUCUCAAUCCUGGGUUCAGACCAGAGGCCACAACAGCUGACUCUGAGGCCAGGGGAUACCACUGUCCUUUCCGAUUUUGCCUUGGAACUAACGGCACAGGGUUAGGAGGACAAGAUUUGCUCUUUUUCAUCUCUUUUCUGUCUCCCCAACCCUUCAACUAUGUUUCCACUGACUUUUGCUUCUCACUUGAAGAAGGUAGUGAGGAAAUAUCAAAGAGGGGCGAGGAUGCUUGGAACACUCCGGAACAGUUUAAAACAGCUUGGUCAUGGGCGGAUGAGAAAAAAGCCUGCAGUGAUAAGCCAGAAUGCCGUUAACAUUUGCCUCCUGACAGUCACACCUCAGGGUUUUAGUUUGGGGAGCAAAGCCUUUUGAUAUAAAGACCAUAAAUACCUCUUGCCAAAUGGUCAGGAGCCAUGUGAUGGAGACAGAACUGGAUUUCACUUCAUUCUAUUUGGGCUGAUGUGGGAGACGUCUCCAGUUCCUUUCCAAAACACCACAUUGGCUGCUGGAUCAGAAGGCAUUUCUGAAUAGUAAUUAAUUUGGCUCACAGAUGAAUAGCAAACCAAUACUGACCUCACAGUAUGGCCCUGGGCACACCAUGUACCUGUAACACACUGUGGUUUUUCAAAGUUCCCCCGAUGGUUG